AUGCGAUUCCCGGCUAAUUUACACUUGGAUCAUCCAUCGCUCGAACAAAUAAGCAUCAAACGAGUGAAAAGUGUCGAAAAGAAUUGCAUUUUUCCUAGUAUUGGCUUGAUUUUCAUACGAGGACAACUGUUUGAACAGGACAACAACAAUAUCGAUCCAGAAUGCGAUGAAAAUUCAGGAUUGUUCGAAUGCGUGCAGAUGGUACGACAACAGUCUGGGACCGCCAAAUCCAGACAAACCCGGAUCGACUCCUCCUGCAAGCAGACGAUUAGUAGUGAUGGUUACCUAAUUUUUGCGUACAAAACUAUGGAAGACAUGUGCACGAGAAAUUUUGCUGCAAGCUGGAAAACGUGGAGUGGUGCGAGGCUACUUUGCCAACUUCUUCCUGACAAAUACAAUGUUAAACGCCUCUCAUUCUUUCGCAAAGUUAGCGGACGUACACAAUUUUUUUAUAUCCUAAUUGCACAAAUUGCAGAUCUUAUGAAAGAUUGUGCUCCAGCUCUUAAUGUACUCAACUGUAUAAAACCGAGGAUUUGUGCUUUUGUGGGUGCUUAUCGAAUAGUAACAUUUAAGGUUGAUGCGAGUCUUUGUAAUGCCCUCAACGUCUCCGAAGACCAACAUAUUUACGCUUAUACCACAUCGUUCAAAGUCACUUACAGUAAUCACACAGCAUUUGCAAGCUAUCCAGGAUAUACGGAAUUUCGGAGCGAUGAUGAAAAACCUAUCAAAAAAGACAGCCACAAGGAGGAAACUAAUCGAAAAUCCGAAGAAACACAAACUGAUCCAAUCGAUAGACCUGCGAUGCGAAGGACAUUGCCAAGGACCAUAUCCAUUUACGAUUUUCCGUCGAUGAAAAAUUCCAUGGAGAAUCCGCGUAAAGAAUCAGUAAACAGGCUUGUCUCUGAAAUCACCGUCACUCAUCAUCAGGAUAUCGUUGACGAAAGAAAGGAUAAUUGUUCUCGUGAACUUAUUCACGACAAAAAACUUUCUCCAAUACCAGUUGCCCUCGUACAUCCACUUCCUAGUUCACCGACAGGAGUAUGGGUGAGAAAACAGCCGAGAAGGAAAUAUGGAUGUGUGAUGUUUCACGAUAUUCACCCGUCAUCUUCUAAACAGGAAGAACGAAAAGAAGAACUUCCUCUGGAUGUUGACAGUAAAGUCGCAAUAGAACGGAUCAUCGAGGAGUUGUUGAAAGAAACUCUAUCUUCAUCUGACGAUGACGUUUCAAAGGAUAUACGGAAGCCACGUCGUGCUCACUCCGAGGUCCGUACGAUGAUCGAACGAAGGAAAUGGGAAAACGAUGAUGAUGGUCUCUUGAGAAGACUGAAACUACUUUACUUCAACUCACCAGAUUAUACCCGUGAAGAGUUACGUGCGAGUGACUCCGACUGA